AUGGACGACUCGGACGCGGCCGCCAAGCAGCUGGGCCUGGCCGAGGCGGCGGCGGUGGCGGCCGCGGCCGCGGUGGCUGCGGCGGCCGCGGCCGCGGCGGGCGACGAGGCGGCGGCGCCGGGGCUGAGCCGCGAUGAGGACUCGGAGGACGGCGGCGACUCGGAGGCGGAGCGCGACCCGCGGCGGGUGACGGCCGUGGCGGUGAUGGCCGCCGACUCCGGCCACAUGGACAUGGGCGCCGAGGCCCUGCCCGGCCCCGACGAGGCCGCCGCGGCCGCCGCCUUCGCAGAGGUGACCACCGUGACGGUGGCCAACGUGGGCUCCUCGGCUGACAACGUCUUCACCACAUCGGUGGCAAACGCGGCCUCCCUCUCGGGACACGUGCUGUCGGGUCGGACGGCACUGCAGCUGGGUGACAGUCUGAGCACGGAGAAGGCCACGCUCAUCGUGGUGCACACGGAUGGCAGCAUCGUGGACACGGCCGGGCUCAAGGGCGCCACUGCCCCGCUCACCCCAGGGCCUCCGUCUCCUCCAGCUCCUCUGGCUUCUGUCCAGGAGAAGGGGGGCACCAAGUACAACUGGGACCCCUCGGUGUACGACAGUGAGCUGCCCGUGCGCUGCCGGAAUAUUAACGGCACCUUGUACAAGAGCCGGCUGGGCUCCGGGGGCCGCGGGCGGUGCAUCAAGCAGGGCGAGAGCUGGUACAGCCCCACCGAGUUUGAGGCCAUGGCAGGCCGGGCCAGCAGCAAGGACUGGAAGAGAAGCAUCCGCUAUGCCGGCCGCCCGCUGCAGUGCCUCAUCCAGGACGGAAUCCUGAACCCCCAUGCUGCCUCCUGCACCUGUGCUGCCUGCUGUGACGACAUGACCUUGAUCCUGGGGGGCUGGAACCGGCCGACCCAGGCCCACCCGCCACCCGACCCGCCUUUGCCCCAGAGCGGCCCCAUCAGGUUGUUCGUCCCCUACAAGAGGCGCAAGAAGGAACACGAGCUGCCCAGCACCCCCGUGAAGAAGGAGGCACCUAAGAACAUCACCCUGCUGCCUGCCACGGCCGCCACUGCUUUCACGGUGACACCCUCAGGACAGAUCACUACCUCGGGCGCCCUGACUUUUGAUCGGGCGUCCACCGUGGAGGCCACAGCCGUCAUCUCUGAGAGCCCAGCCCAGGGUGAUGUUUUCACGGGAGCCACAGUGCAGGAGGCCGGGGUGCAGCCCCCAAGCCGUGCUGGACACCCAGAGCCCCACUACCCCGGCUACCAGGGCAGCUGCCACAUGACGCCCUUCCCCGAGGCUGCGCUGCCCACGGCUCACCCCAAAAUAGCAGCUGCCCAUCUUGGCUGGCAUCUGUCUGUCUCUGUUCUCGCUGGCUCCCAGGGCAUGACCCCCACCCCAGUGCUGACGUCCCUGCCCGCCCUGGCCGUCCCUCCGUCGGCGGCCAGCAAGGCCGUGUCACCUGCGGUGCUGGAGGUGGCGGAGCCAAGGAACUGGCUGUACCUAGAGGAGAUGGUGGACUCGCUGCUCAACACGGCCCAGCAGCUCAAGACGCUCUUUGAGCAGACCCGGCAGGCUGGCCCCUACCGUGACCCCGCGGGGGGCCCAGCCCGAGGCCCCACCGAUGCAGAGCGGAAGGAGCGCACCUGUGUCAACUGCGGCCGGGAAGCGCUGAGUGAGUGCACGGGCUGCCACAAGGUCCACUACUGCUCCACCUUCUGCCAGCGCAAGGACUGGAAGGACCACCAGCACGUGUGUGGUCAGGCCACGGCCGUCGCUGUGCAGGCGGACAACGUCCACGUCGCCGAGGGCGUCAUGGAGAAGGUGCCCGUGUGAAACUCUGCGGCCGCGCCCCUGGAGGGUCAGGGGCCUGCGAGGAGGGGAGAACUUGCUGGUCAAGUCGCCGACGGACUCUCAGGGCCCCGCGCGCCCGUUGGGGGGGUGGACACUGCGGUGGCCCCCGAGCAGUGCGGGCCUGCUCGUGCCACCCGCGCGAGUCCCGCAAUAAAGCGUGGCCCUGCC